UAUUGCAGAGCUCCCUGCACAGCCCCACAAUUCGGUGCUCAUGCGAUGCUGGCUUGCGUCUGCCAGCCGGCCGACCCGUCUGUCUUCCGCCGUUCUCCGGUGCCCCUGGGUACGCCUCCACUGACCGCCGGGCUGCCCCUACGCGCCACCACCAAGGGGCCAGGCAGGGGCGUACGGGUGGUCAACAAGUCCGACGUCAUCGUCAGCGCUCCGGUUACCUCGAAACAACAAAGUGCUCCUAUUACUUCGAAGGAGACGCCUCGCUACUCGAGUGUGUCAAACGAAACCCCUAUUGGCAUCGCCACUGGUGAGGCUGAAGAGCGAUUGGCUAAGGAGGUCCUCAUCGACUUCGGCAAAAAGGAGGGGGAAGGGAAGACAGUGGCGUCGGAUAAGCCGGAUUCAUCUAGUUCUAGUGCACAGUGUUCAACGACCGUUCUGGAUGUUUCACCCGUGAAACAGAAGUGCGCCAAAAAAUGCAAAAACAAACGCAAACACGAUAAGAAACAUCAGCAGUGUAGUAACUUUAAGAAAUCGGGUGAUAGUAAUGUUGAAGGAACGACUAGCUGUGAUGAGGACAAGAUUAAAGUACAGAGCCCUAGUGAAUUUAAGAAGCUACCGGACGGAGUGCACCUGAGCGUGAGCGAGCUGCGCGAUAUGGCGUGCCGUCAGCAAGCGCAGAUCGAGCAGCAACACCGUCUGCUGGCUGCCAAAGAGCAGCGCCUCCGCUAUUUGAAGGAGCAGGAAGCGCGCCAGCGCAGGGUGCACGCUGAGGGGGAACGGCUGCGCAGACUUAGGGAACGUGUCGACGCGCAGGAACUGAAGCUGAGGAAAUUGCGCGCGUUGCGAGGACAGGUGGACCAUCAGAAGCAGAACAACAUAUCGCUGACAAGUGACUUGGAUUCGAUACGAGCAUUGUUCAAUGAGAAGGAGAAAGAGUUAUCGUUGGCCGUAGCAAAGGUAGAAGAGUUGACUAGGCAGCUAGAGGAAUUACGAAGAGGCCGAAAUGACAGAGAACCACCCCCCGCUUCCGCUUUAGAGCUUGAUAAGCUUCGAAGAGAACUUAUGUAUCGCAAUAAACUAAACGAGCAGCAAAAUCAACGGUUAUACCAACAACGUGAGGCACUGACAGCGAGGCAAGAAGAGAUGACCGCGAUAGACAAGAGGAUAUCCGAGCUACAGGAACGGCUACAUCGGAAGAGGCUGCUUAACCAGCAGUUGGCUAGUCAGAUCAGCGCAGCCUCCCACAAAGCUGCCUACCACCAAUUAGUUAGAUUAACUGGAAAUGCGGAGCAGAACAAUCAAGCAUUUGCAAGGAAACAACAACAAAACAACCAGUCAAACGGCCUAUCACGUGGCAACAUUGCCGCCGUUGAGCCAUACAAUCAUGUUCCUUUACAAUCUAGCCAUCAAGUUAAGAAUUUCAACUGUCAUGAGAAUUCUACAUAUCACCCUUCGUAUCAGCAAAACAACCACCAUAUCAAACAUGACGAUCCGAAUUCAAACAGUGCCCAUGAAGCCCAAGAUCUUGCGAAGAAGAUGGCAAACCUUUAUGUGCCUAGAGCGGAUGAAAGUGAUGCCCUCAAGAAUUUCUCCGUAUCCAAAAAUGACCCCAAGUACCAAACUUUACCUUAUAAUACGAAAUUUACUGUCAAUCUUGUCACCAGUCGACUCAAAGGCGAAAAUCAGUGUAACAACAACGAAGUGGCCAAAGAAGAUCUCAAUGCAGUGCACCAGCAACAACAACAACAUCAGCAACAGCAGCACAUAUCAAACAGUACCAACUACCAAAUGCAAAUGACAGUUCACAGCGCACCCCUUAACAUGGUGAAUAAAAAUAUUGCUACACCUUUGAACCAACACGAUCUUCUGGCAAGAAAGAACAGCAAUGAAAUCAAGGACCAAACAAAUAGAGAAAAUGCGUAUCCUGGAGUUAUCAGCGGGAGUGCUGCAACUACCACAUAUCAUAAACCCAUCAGCAGCGUGGCACCAACCUCUAUCCAGCACAGUGGCGUGCCUUCAGCCGUCUACCAGACCUCCUCUAUCAAAGUACAACCUGUUGAACCACAAACAUUGCCCCCCGCUACUGCACCAAAAACAGUCGCAUUGACCAACGUCGUGCAGUCACCCCAAGCAGGGCUACCACUUUCGCCUCCUCAGUCCACCAGCACGCCACUGAAUACCACUCCCGUUAGUGGGGUAACAUCACCAGAAGGCCCUGAGAAGAGUCCAAAGCCAGCGCUACCCCCAAAACCUGCCAUCAAGCCGCCCCCAAGGCAAACACAAAUUUUGAGUGAAGAAUGUGCUCCCCCGCCUCUUCCUUUGACAGAUCCACCUGACGACAAAAACGCAGCGGCAUCAAAAAAUAGUGCUACUAAUCAAAAACAAGGUACCUUUCCCCUUCAACCUCCAACGAGUCAACCAAACUCAGAGAUGUUCAUCAAAGCGAAACCGUUGACCCUUAAAAAGCAGCUACUUAACGAACAACCGAAGUUGAGGUCGAGCAGCUCUCAUUCGAAACUGAACGGCCUAUCAGGGAAUAGCAGAGGUAGGAUGGACGUGCCUCAGACUUUUAACUAUCCUGAGUUACAAAACAGUGCGGAAAAGUCAUCGGAGAACCAAGACAAUAAGCAGACGGAAAGAGAUGAAACGGACAAGGCAUCCUCCAUUGAGGAAUCCUCCGAAAAGGAGGAACGACCACCGGUAGAUGGCGUAGUGCGUCGUUGUAAGAAGGGUAACUUGAAGCAAACGGGGAAAACAACGUUAGCGCGAAGAGUUAGUUUUGACCCGCUGGCCUUGCUGUUGGAUGCUAGUCUAGAGGGAGAAUUGGAGCUGGUGAAGAAAACUGCUGCGCAAGUGCCUAACCCCAGUGCGGCCAAUGAUGAAGGCAUAACGGCUCUCCACAACGCAAUCUGUGCCGGCCACUUGGACAUUGUCCGGUUCCUGGUCGAGUGGGGAUGUGACGUGAACGCCCAGGACAGCGAUGGUUGGACGCCCCUUCACUGUGCUGCCUCUUGCAACAAUCUGGCCAUGGUGAAAUUUCUUGUCGAACAUGGCGCCUGCAUCUUUGCCACCACGCUAAGUGACAGGGAAACGGCAGCUGAGAAGUGUGAAGAAGACGAAGAAGGUUUUGAUGGGUGCUCGGAGUACCUCUAUAGUGUGCAAGAAAAGCUGGGAAUUUUAUCUGGUGGAGUGGUGUAUGCAGUCUUCGACUACACGGCUCAGCAGCCAGAUGAACUCAGUUUCAAGGAAGGUCAACAGUUGACCGUAUUGAGGAAAGGUGACGAGAAUGAAAGAGAAUGGUGGUGGUCCAAGCUGGAUGACAAAGAAGGCUAUGUGCCUAGGAAUCUGCUCGGGUUGUACCCAAGGGUAACCAAGAGCGAAGAUUAGUCUAGGAAACGGUGUAAAAGACAACUUAGUACCUUUGCCUUUAAUUCGGUAAAAAUGUUCACGAUACCUUUGCUCAAUAUAUCGUUGUAUAUUGUACGGUUAAAGGUUUCCUUUUAUUUAUUGUAUGACAUUACUUCAUUAGUUUAUACAUAUAUUGUCUUCAUUGCUUUAAGGUAAUAAGCUUUUAAUAUAUUUUUUGAAAUACGAGAUGUAAAUAUAUAAAUAUGAAAAUAUGAC